CUAUACUGUCCCUCCCCAUAAUUUUCUGUUUGGAUCGUAGCAAUUUGACUAGAAGCUCGACGUAUUUAAACCCGUUGGAGUUUUGUUUGUUUUUAAAUCAACUUUGUUCCAUUCAGCAAACAGGCCCUCUGCACGUGACCAGAAGCACGGUGCGUCGUUAUUCAUGGGGAACCACUAAGGGUGUCCUCAGGGUUGGCCAUUUCUCAGCCUCUUCUUCAGUAGUACGACUGGAAAAGUGGUGGUGGGGAGUGCGCAGCCCCCAAUUAAAAGGUUGCCGACGGUUAGAAUCCAGCCUCAGUCAGAACAAACCGCCCCUUGCUCUAGAUGAAGGGUGAAUUUGGGACUGUCACUCCGUAAUGUGUGAUUUGGGCUUCGAGAGACUGGGGCGGACUUCCCAGUGAAACUAAGGGGAGCCUGACCCUCCCGUCACCCUGAAAUGCUCCCUAGCAGUGGAAAAGCAGCUUCAAUCUGAGCGCACUUUCUGGCACGUCCUGGGCGGGGAGGGGGGGGCCGCCCGAGCCUCUCUCUCGGUCUCCUCUCCGGUGCCUUUUGGGUGCCCGCAGCUGCCUUCACCGCCGCCACUGAGGCCCGCCCGCAGCGGGGCAGCGACGAAAGCAGGGCGUCCACUCCAGUCUAGGCCAGCUCCUCCCCUCUCUCCUCCCGGCAGCCGCCGCCUUCUCCCGAGCGCAGGAGGCGGGUCUCUCUGCUGCGCUGAAGCCGCUUCCUGGUCACCUGAGAAGCAGGAAGGACGAAGGAGCCCGCUGCCGCCGCCUGAUUCUGCUGCUGCUGCUGCUACUAGUCCGCCGCCGCCGCCGCCGCCGCCGCCAUGGCCUCGCUCUUCAAGAAGAAAACGGUGGAGGAUAUAAUUAAAGAACAGAAUAGAGAAUUAAGAGGUACGCAGAGGGCUAUAGUAAGAGAUCGAGCAGCUUUGGAGAAACAGGAAAAGCAACUGGAGUUGGAAAUAAAGAAAAUGGCUAAGACUGGAAACAAAGAAGCCUGUAAAGUUCUAGCAAAACAGCUUGUGCAAUUAAGAAAACAAAAAACUCGAACGUAUGCUGUUAGUUCCAAAGUUACAUCCAUGUCCGCUCAGACAAAAUUAAUGAACUCCCAGAUGAAGAUGGCAGGAGCAAUGUCAACAACAGCAAAGACGAUGCAGGCUGUUAAUAAGAAGAUGGAUCCACAAAAGACAUUGCAAACUAUGCAGAAUUUCCAGAAAGAAAACAUGAAAAUGGAAAUGACUGAAGAAAUGAUCAAUGAUACCCUGGAUGAUAUUUUCAAUGGUUCUGAUGAAGAAGAAGAAAGUCAGGAUAUUGUGAACCAAGUCCUUGAUGAAAUUGGAAUUGAAAUAUCUGGAAAGAUGGCCAAGGCUCCUUCAGCUGCCAGAGGCAUGCCAUCUGCAUCGACAUCCCAAAGUGCCACAAUUUCUGAUGAAGAGAUUGAACGUCAGCUUAAAGCUCUGGGAGUAGAUUAACCUCAUGGCGACACGCAGCCUGCUUUCUGCAGUUACUCCAGUGCAGGCAUGCACAUGAACUUGCAACACAGGUUUCAAUAAAAACCAGCUUCCCUUAUAAAUCUUGCCAGAGCCAUCACUGGUCACAACGAAUUCCAAAGGUGUUGAAAUCAUUUGAGAGAGGGAACAAUACAAAGUGUGCAUGAUGCAGAAUGUCGAUACACUCAACCAAAUUAAGAUCUGAUGUAAGCAGCUACAUCUAUUACAUGUGGUCUAAAUUUGGAUUGGUUGCAUUUAGCUUUUUCUCCAAAAAGCACCUUGCUUGACCAACACUCCACGUUUCUUUUUAGGUUUCUAAUCUUUCAGAAGUUAUUGCAAGCAUUGAAAUGCGUUUGUGUGUUUCAGUUGCAUAUCUAUUACGAGCAGCCUAGGAAGGCCUGUUUAAUUUAUUGUAGGACUUUAAAUGUGAUCUCACUACUUUCAGUUGGAAAGUGGCCAUUAUCUUUAGGUGGAGGAUGUAUUUGAACAGUUUUGCAGCCUUUUAAAUGUGCAUUUCUAUAAAACUAUUCUUGAUUAAGUCUUGUUUUGAAAUAACUACAUUUCUAAUACAGUCCCACUAUCCAGUUAGUGGAACCCUCCCGGAUGCAAGUUUGUGCUCAACUGUAUUUUGUGUUAGCAAGUACUACACAAACUCCAUUGUACUGUAAUAUAGCUAACUUGAAGAUAAUUGUGUGCCUUUGUGUACAUAGCCCUCUGAUUUUCUUUUCUUGAUUUGAAUUGUGAAAAAUGUCAUGUUAAGCCAUUAUCUUGACUUGCAUAGCACUGAAAGUUAUGCCAACUCAACCGUAACUGCUACUACAAAGUAUGUAUAUUAUCUUAACUCCUGAACAGUCUUUCCCCUGAAAUAUCAUUUGUAUGUAACUGCUGUGCAGCAUUUUUCAUCAAACAAGUGUUACUUUUGAAAAUAUACUUCAUUGUCCAAUGUAGUAUGUUUUUUGUUUUACGUUAAAUUCUGUACUUACAUAUUUACUGGAAUGAUGUAUGUUUGCCUACUUGAAGUUAAUGGAUUUGCUUGGGGUUGAAAUUGCAUCUAAUAUAGUAAAGUAGUGGAUAUAUUAAUGUAUUAUAGGAAAUAUAAUCCACGAUAACUAUAUAGCAAUAUUACAGCAAGAUGUGAAAAAAAGUUUCUCUUCCUUUCCAAUGGCAUUGUCGGAAUAACAAAAAUCAUGUACAUGGAAAUUAUUACUGCUGAUUGCUGAUGAAUUAUAGAAAGCAAUUACUGUGAUACAUCAGGUGUUCACAUACCUCAUUGGAAUCAGCAUAAAUAUUUGCGGGUUUAGAUCUAUCCAUUUACAUUUAAGAUUUGACUGGUUAAACAUAAGGCCAGUGCUAUCUGAAGUUGCAUCUAUAUAGUUGGGAUGAGGCACAAUGGGUGAGUUUCUUUUUAAGAAUUUUGUAAAUAAAAACCAUUAAAAUUUAAA